AUGGAAACUACAAAAGAAUGCCUCAAGUUUAAUGCAGAGUGUAUAGAAAAAGACUAUUCUAAACAUCUAGAAUUAUCACAAUCUGUAUCUCAAUUAAACAACAAAAUUUAUUCUAGUUCUAUAUCUCAUUCAUUACCAUCAAUAUCUGAACAAUCAAAUAAGAAAGAGCUCCAGAAUAUAUCUUCAUUGAGGGAUUUUUUGCCUUGUUCUUCAGUAUCGGAAUCUCUAACUACUAUACCUUCAAAAAUGCCCCUAAUUACAUAUCCUCAAUGUCCGUAUGAAACAGCACUUGUGAACUCAAGGCGACGAAUUCCAUAUUCUUCUUGUAUAGAGAGACCAAUAGACAUAUUCGAAUGGAAGACUAGAUCAAGCCUUUCAACAAAAAAUGAAGAUCUAAUAUCUAGUGAUAUACUACAACUUUAUGAAACUCUUUUACCAUCUUCAGAAAAUAAUAGUCGCUGGACAAAGUUCCUGAAAAAAUUAACUACUAUUCUUCAAAAAGAAUGGCCCGACAAAAAAAUAACAGUACAGGCAUUCGGCUCUACUGUAAAUCAGCUUUGUACUAGUGAGUCUGAUGUGGAUGUUUGUAUAACAACAAUAGAAAAAGAACAUGCAAAUACAUGCAAAUUGGCGAAAGUGCUUGCUAAUUAUGGCAUGGAAAGAGUUGUAUGCGUACCUCAUGCUAAAGUACCGAUUGUAAAAAUUUGGGAUCCUAAACUUUCUGUUGCCUGUGAUAUGAAUAUCAAUAACACCUUAGCUCUUGAAAAUACUCGAAUGAUUAAAAUAUAUGUUGAAAUAGAUCCUCGUGUAAGGCCAUUAGCCAUGAUUAUUAAAUAUUGGGCCAAAAAAAGAAUUCUAAAUGAUGCUGCUGGUGGAGGAACAUUAUCUUCAUACACUUGGAUAUGUAUGAUAAUUAAUUUUUUACAAAUGAGAAAGCCUCCUAUUUUGCCAUCUCUUCAUCAGCUUCCUCAUGAGCAAAAUGAAAGUAGUCUGAUUGAGGGAAUAGAUGUUAGUUUUUUUGAUGAUAUAGAUGCACUCAAAGGCUUUGGUGAAAAAAAUACGGAAAGUUUAGGAGGUUUAUUAUUUGCAUUUUUUCGAAGAUAUGCGUAUGAAUUCGAUUAUGAUCAUUGCGUUAUAUCUGUUAGGCAUGGUCAUUAUCUUUCGAAGUCAGCAAAAGGAUGGCAUUUAACUCAAAAUAAUCGUUUAUGUGUAGAAGAACCUUUCAACACGAAAAGAAAUCUUGGAAAUACGGCGGAUGAUACAACAGUGAAAGGUCUUCAAAUUGAAUUCCGUAGAGCAUUUCAUCUUAUAGCAAAUCAUUGUGAUCUUAAAGAAGUUUGUGCUGAUUAUAUUUUUACUAAUGAGGAAAACAUUUAUAAAAUUAAUCCAUGUUCUCAUCCCUUAUAUUAUCAGAUUUCGAAAUCUAGUUAUUCAAGUAAUGCACUACAUCCGAAAAACGACACAUAUUAUUAUAAAAAUAAUUAUAAUAUUCAAAGAUUUCAGUAUCAACAAUGCUCGAAUUAUAUGAAUUAUUUCUCAUUGAAUACUUAUGGUCUUGAAUUUCUAUAUUUUUCUAAUCCUCCUGAUAAAUCUAUAUAUUAUGAUUCAAAAAGCCACACAUUUUUCUACUAUAUUUCAGGUAUUGGUCCUGAUGGACUAAUGAAGUAUUAUCCUGUAGUCAAAGAAAAUCAUUUACUUUCUUCUCAAGAUAUAUUUCAUUCACCUUUCCCUCUUUGGAAAAGAGAUCAAAACAUUUGCAAUUUAGAAGGUCAUUAUAUCCAAAAAACAAAAACAUCUUUAAAUUGUUCACCAUAUUCUAUUUAUCACGAAAAAGAGAGUACUGAUAGCGAAAGUUUUUCUAAUUUUUCAUUUAUACCGCAAUUUAUUCCUUUAGCAAAAGAUGAUGUUUCUUGUGAAUUAGCCAUUGCUGAAGAAAAAGAACUUAAUGAAUUUCAUAAAGAAUUUAUAUCAAACUCAGAAAAAUCUUGUAAUAUCCCGUGCAAAUAUUUGUCUGAAGAUCAAGUAUCUGAGUUUACACCAGAAGCAGUUUCAUUAGAUAAUUACAGAAACUCUAAAACUAUUGAUUCAUAUAGCAACUUUUAUUUCGUUCCUGAAGAAAUGCAAUUACAAUCAAACAAUUUUUCUAGUUUUUAUGAAUCUAAAAUAAAUACAUCAACUAUUUUAUCAAAUAAUGGUUAA